CAAAGCUUCUGCCACCGCUGCCGCUUCCGUGUGAGCCGGGCCCGGGCUGAGCCGCGGCUGCUCCCGGGUCUGUGCGGGGGCGCGGGGCAUUAACCCCUCCGUGCCCGGCCGGGGGGGGGCUUUCUGCAGCUGGGCCCCGCCCCCUGGGCAGCCCCGGCCCGGAGCCCCCGAGGCCGGUGACCUUCGAGGAGGUGGCUGUGUAUUUCACCAGUGAAGAGGGGGCUCGGCUGGAUCUCACUCAGAGAGCCCUCUACAGAGACGUCAUGCAGGAGAACUAUGAGAAUGUGACCUCGCUGGGGUUUCCAGUUUCCAAACCUGAUGUGAUCUCCCAGCUGGAACAAGGGGAAGAGCCGUUGGACCCAGACCUCCAGCGUUCAGAGGAAAGAGAGAUCCUGAGAGCUCCCCGCACAGGUGAAGAAACAUUAAACCAACUCAGAAUCUCAGGUGAUGCAAUGGUGUGUGACAAAGAGGAGCAGACUUCUCAGCAGGAAAAUGUUGAGCAAGUGGAUAAACACAGAGCAUUAUCGCAAAGAUCAAAAAGCAAUGUAACCAGGAGUCAUGAUCAGGGACAAUCCUGUGAGAUUCAGCAGAAAUCAGAAAGAGAGCACGGAAACCAUCCAGGGGAGAAAGUGGGUAAAUGUAUUUCCUGUCGGAGAACUCAGAAGGACCUCAAGGAAACCACAACACAGCAGGAAAUCCUCAAGAGAAAGAGAAAAAAUACAUUCAGUGAGUGUGGGAAAAACUUAAGUGACUACUCAGUCAUUACAAAGCAUCAGGGAAUCUGCACAGGGAUGAGGCCCUAUGAAUGCAGUGAGUGUGGAAAAUGCUUCACUAAGAGCUCAGCCCUUUCUGAACAUCGGAGAAUCCACACAGGGGUGAGGCCCUAUGAAUGCAGUGAGUGUGGAAAAUGCUUCACUAAGAGCUCAGCCCUUUCUGAACAUCAGAGAAUCCACACAGGGGAGAGGCCUUAUGAAUGCAGUGAGUGUGGGAAAAACUUCACUUACAGAUCAGGCCUUUUUAACCAUCAGAAAAUCCACACAGGGGAGAGUCCCUAUGAAUGCUGUGAGUGUGGGAAAGCCUUCAAGUGCAGCUCAGCCCUUUCUGAACAUCAGAGAAUCCACACUGGGGAGAGGCCCUAUGAGUGCACUGAGUGUGGGAAAAACUUCACUCAAAGAGCAGGCCUUUUUCUCCAUCAGAUAAGUCACAGAGGGGAGAGGCCCUAUGAAUGCAGUGAGUGUGGGAAAACUUUCAGUCGCAGCUCACACCUUAUUAGGCAUCAGAGAAUCCACACAGGGGAGAGGCCCUAUGAAUGCAGUGAGUGUGGGGAAAGCUUCACUAACAGUUCAGCCCUUUCUGAACAUCAGAGAAUCCACACAGGGGAGAGGCCCUAUGAAUGCAGUGAGUGUGGGAAAGACUUCACUCGCAGAUCAGGCCUUUUUCAACAUCUGAGAAUCCACACAGGAGAGAGGCCCUAUGAAUGCAGUGAGUGUGGAAAAACCUUCACUAGCAACUCAGCCCUUUCUGAACAUCAGAGAAUCCACACGGGGGAGAGGCCCUAUGAAUGCAGUGAGUGUGGGAAAAACUUCACUCACAGAUCAGGCCUUUCUGAACAUCAGAGAAUGCACACAGGAGAGAGGCCCUUUGAAUGCCAUGAGUGUGGAAAAUGCUUCACUAGCAAAUCAGUCCUUUCUAAACAUCAGCAAAUCCACACAGGGAAGAGGCCCUAUGAAUGCAGUGAGUGUGGGAAAACCUUCAUUCGCAGCUCGCACCUUAUUAGGCAUCAGAGAAUCCACACAGGAGAGAGGCCCUGUGAAUGCAGUGAGUGUGGGAAAAACUUCACUAGCAGCUCAGCCCUUUCUGAACAUCAGAGGAUCCACACAGGGGAGAGGCCCUAUGAAUGCAGCGAGUGUGGGAAAACCUUCUCUUGGCACUCAGCCCAUUUUAGGCAUCAGAGAAUCUGCAAGGGAGAUCAACACCAUAAAAACCUCUAGGGCUAUCAAUUGUCUCAGACCUAAACUUUGUUGGCUCAGGCCUAAAACUUUGGUUGAGGCCUGAACAAUAGUCAUGAUUACCCCCCUUUUAUGGUUCUGGAGACAAGGUGAAGGGAAAGUACAAAAGCAGAACGUUCUGUAAUCACUAGGCUUGCAAAAUAUAACUGCCAACGGCUAGUGUUAGAGGAAGCUUAUACUGCAAAGGGGAAACUGUGAAUAACAGGAAAGCUGGCUGGUGCUGUCUUCCUUUUAUGGAAAGUGUAUUCCACUUAUUGGAAAAAUGUCAACAAGGAAUGUGACAGACCCAAACCGGUGGGGUACAGGAGUCUGGAAGUAGCCCAGGGAGUUGUAGCUGUCACGUAGCUGUUACAGGAGGCACUAUAGACAGCUGCAAUCCACAGGGCCCUGGG